CUAUUCUAGAGUUACUGUCCUUUGUUGUAGGACUUUCCAGUCAUUUAAGGUUUUCAUAUUUGAUUCACUCUGCCACAAUGGUCACUGUAGAACAUGGAUUUGGGGCUUUCUUGACCUCUGUUUUCCACCCUUUGUCGUAUGCGAAGUUUCUAAUCCAGAUUGGUCAUGAACCUAUGAAAUUGUACCAAACACGGACAUUUACUGGGAAACCAAUGUUAGCCUACCCCAGUGUGUUCCGAUAUAUUGGACAUAUCUACCAUGUAGAUGGCUUCUUUGGGCUUUACAAAGGAUUGGUUCCAAAGGUGUUGGCUGGAGCUGCUGGAAGUAUUAUCCAAAAUAAAAUCCUUUUGUCCCUAAAGACGGAUGAGGAUACUGAUGUGAACGGUGAUGAAUCUGAUGAAGAGAUUUUGGCUGACCCAAACCAGGAAGAUGAUGCUGAUGUUGUUAUUACAUUGAAGAAAUUAUCAAAAAUUAUCUCCAAGCAGUUAGUGGCCAGGUCUGUUGCUAUAAUUGCUACACACCCACUUCAAGUGAUAAUGGCUAGAAACAUGGCUCAGUUUGUUGGCAGAGAAAAAGAAUACAGUGGAAUAAUAUCUGCAGCAAUGGAGAUCAUAAAAGUUGACGGCCCUUCAGGUUUCUUUGGUGGCCUUGUACCACGACUGCUAGGAGAUUCAAUCAACCUGGCAUCAACUAGUAUCCUCACAUACAUCCUCAACAAAUAUAUCAUCCAAGACAAGAAAGUGUCUGUAUAUACUGCUGCUUUUGUUGGCCUCCUGGUCAACCAGUUGACGUAUCCUUUUGGUCUUGUGUCAGUUGUGAUGAUGGUUAAUGGAAGCGGAUUAAUUGCUGCAAUGCCUCCCAAUAUGCCAUUUUACCGUUCUUGGGUUGAUUGCUGGAACCAUUUGAGUUCAAUUAGCCAGCUGAAGAGAGGUUCUGGUCUGUUAUGGCGUGUCUACACACCUCCCAAAGGACUUGAGGGACAGCUUUCUAUCGAAGGCAGCUAUAUUGCCUGAAUGGCAAAGAAUUUGAUUCUUUUUGGGAAAGGAACCUGUGCCUAUUUGUCAACCAUGCAAUAACAUUGACUGUUGUAGAAUCUGAGAGAAAACGAAAUGUUUGUUCCAAUUCAAAAUAUUUUUGGUUUGGAAUUUGAAAAAAAAAAAAAAAAAAUUACAAAAUCUAUUCUAAAACUUGUACUUGCUAUUUCACAACUCUUUGACUCCAAAAACCAGUAUGACACCAACCAAGCAUUAGUUUCCAGUUCUAGGUAUUCUCUACAACUCUGUAGCACACCAAGGAAAGUUUGUGUUGUCCUCUCCCCCACCCCACCCCGUCCCGUCUUCCGACAAGUUUCCCUACUUGAACAUGUUGCAGAUUUUGUUUUACCUUUUCUUACUUCAUCAAAUUUCCCUAAAAAAAUAAAUAAAUUAAUUAAUUAAUUAACUAAUUAAAG